AUGACAAAAGGGGAGACAGAGAAGAAGUAUGCCAUGUUUUUUGCAGGGCUGACUCUGUUGCAGUCUCUCCGUGUGGCUUUAACUGGAGCAAAGUUUGCACUUGAUAGAUUUAAAAUUCCUCAACAACAUGCCAGUUCGUUCAUUAACAUGGUCCAUAAUCCUAUGGAACUGGCAACGUUUACUGGCAUUUUUAUUGGGACUAUUAUAGCGCUAAUUUGGUUCAAUGUCUCCAAUACAUCUUUCAAGUGGUUUGCCGUAUUUACGAAUGUGACACUGUGUUUAUCCUUCAUUGUACUCCUAAUUGCAUUUAGAUCUGGAGGAGAGCAGGGCGAUCUCACCUUCUACUACUGGACCAUUGUAUUUGUCUCAUUUAUCUACGGACUUAAUGUGGCAACUGUGAUGACUGUUGGAAGUGACAAUGCCGCCUUUUUCAACAUGGGAAUUCCUCUUUCUGGUAUUCAAGUUUGCAUAUACUACUAUGUCUUCACUAAGUUGGCUGAGUGGUAUCAGUGGUCAAACGUUAGCUACAAGAUUAUAUUCUGGCAGCUAAUAAUAGCAAUAGUGAUUUCAGCACUAUCAGCUGGUCUCUGGAUUUAUGUUGCUAUUGUUAGCACUAAUGAACAAGAUAAUUCUGAUUCUGGUACUUAUUUGUCUCCAAUUUUCAUGGGCGUAGUUGGUAUGGGUGGAAUCUAUGCCUUCUACCUUGCUAUUUCUCCUUAUAAGUUGACAGAUGUUGGUACUGGUUACACUAUUGACCUGGUUGUCUUAUUCGCUAGUGCCGUUCCAGGUAUUAUUAUCGCCAUUUUAUGCCUAUUUAAAAAAGGUCCAGAUAAAAAAUGGAGCACUUAUGCUACUAAUUUUGCAUGGUGGCAUGCUGCCUGGGUGUUGGCAAUUCCACACAUUCUUGCCAUAGUUUUGUGCUUAUAUGUACUUCAUCACCCAGAUAGUGGAGUAGCUAGUUCUAUAAAAAGCAGUGGAAGACUUGUUGGACUCAUUACUGUAACCCUAAAGUUUUGUGAGGAAGGGUUAAAAGCAGUAUCAUAUGCUGGAGCUGGUGCACAUGGUGGUACCAUUUCCUCUGUUAAUGUCUUAUUAGCACAGUUUUUAAUGAUCGUUUUGGCCUUUACUGGAGACGGUUACCUAAAGACUUACUCUAAAUAUGAGCAUGAUAGGAGUAAGUGGCCUACUAAAGACUUUGGCUUCUGGAAGUCCUUAGGAUACUGGAUAGGAAAUGGAGUAUCUGAGGCCUGUAAGAGCGUUAAAUCAUCCUUUACCACUAAUGUCAGAUGCAAAGUUUUGGGUAAAUCAGAAGCUUGA